AUGUCCCAGGGAGGCCUUCGGGCGUGUCGAGUGACUGUAAAGGUGGUGGCUAUAAAGGACUCGGCGGAGUCGGCGGAGGUGCGUGUGGCGGUGGCGGGGAAGACGGCCAUGGGCAUGCGCAAGGUGCUGGGGUCCAUUCCUCCCAUCCUCCCCUCCCCACCCCUCCCAUCCUCUCUCCACCCCACACAUUCCUCCCACCCCCCUCUCCCCCACUCCUUCCCCCCGUGCUCUUCCCUCCCCUCACCCUCCGCCCCCCCCCCUGCGCUCACUGCUUGCCCCCUGUGUGUAUCCGCGCAGUCGGCGGAGGUGCGCGUGGCGGUGGCGGGGAAGACGGCCAUGGGCAUGCGCAAGGUGCUGGGGUCCAUCAAGGCGCUGCGCGUGUGCGACCUGCUGGAAACAGAUCCGGACCGCACACUGGAGCCUGAGUGGUACGAGAUUGUGGCCAAGGAGGGGAAGAAGUCGUCUGUAGGGAAGGUGCUGCUGCACGUGGUGGCAGCGCGUGCUCCCCCACAGCAGCCCAUCAAGCUAUUCAUCGGAUCCUGGAACGUCGGCAAUGCACCCCCGCCUGACGACUUCUCCCCCUGGCUGCCCAAGGGCACGGACCACGAGCUCAUUGCCAUCGGCUCGCAGGAGUGCGAGUACCAGCCUCGUUCAGGCUAUGCCACGUGCAUGGAAGACUGGGUCGCUGCUAUUAAAGCGCACUUUGCCCCGCACUACAAGGUGGUCAAGGGCACAACGCGUGGCCAGAUGCGACUGGUGGUGCUGGUCCUGGAAACUUCACAG